AUGGAACGUUUUAACCCUAGCCCAGCGAGGAAACUGGCACAACUUGCAAACGAGGCGCAUCGAAUGAAACUUGAGAUCCUAGGACUCAGUGAAGUCCGUUGGCCGAACUUUGGAGAACACAGAAUACCAUCGGGACAAAUUCUGCUAUACUCUGGCCUACGAGGUGAACACGCUCCCCGGCAUCGUGGAGUUGGCUUCCUACUGAGCGCCCAGGCACACUCUGCUCUUAUGAAGUGGGAGCCUAUAAGUGAAAGGAUAAUCGUUGCCUGGUUCAGAACAAGGGUUCGAAACCUCACUAUAAUCCAAACUUACGCGCCAACCGAUGCUGCCGACCUGCAAGACAAAGAGAACUUCUACAGUCAACUCAAUGCCACCGUAGAUAGAAUUCCGAAGGUCGACAUCAUGAUCUGUAUGGGCGACUUCAACGCGAAGAUCGGAUCCGAUAACUCGAACUAUGAGCGUACUAUGGGGCGCCAUGGUCCCAGGGAAAUGAACGAAAACGGAGAGCUGUUUGCAGAAUUCUGUGGCAAUAACGACAUGGUGAUCGGGGGAUCGCUCUUCCCCCAUCGACCGGUUUCCCGUGACGGCUUUACCGAAAGUCAAAUUGACCACAUCUGCAUCAGCCGAAAGUGGAAACGGAGCCUUCUUGAUGUGCGGAAUAAAUUUAGUGCCGAUAUCGCGUCUGACCACCACCUCAUCCUCGGCGAAAUACGCCUGCGUGUUGCGCGUAUUCGUCGACAAGAGGAGAGAGUUGGACGGCGGUUUAACACACGCCGACUGGAUGAUACCACAGUGAAAAUGUCCUUCACUGUGAAACUGCAGACUCGUACUGCAGACAUUCCGGAAGGUGGCAACGUGGAAAACCAAUGGACUGCCAUCAAGAAUGCCUUCAUCGUCACCAGCAAGAAUAAUCUGGGUGAACUGCGCACCCAGAGAAAGCAAUGGAUCACUGAUGAGACCUGGACGAAAAUAGAGGAGCGAAGUGGAGCCAAAGCCGCAAUACAGCGAUCCAAAACCCGAGGAGCCAUAUAUUCGGCCCGUCAACGACACUCGGCUCUGGAGAAGGAAGUAAAACGCUCAUGUAGACGGGACAAGCGAGCGUGGGCGGACUCCCUCGCCGACAAAGGAGAGAAGGCCGCUGCAACCGGGGACAUUCGUCUCCUCUAA